UUAAGAAGCUUCGGUUCCACAUCAGGUCACAGCGGCUUCGGAUCGUCCAAAGGCCAAAUAAGGAAGUUUGCCACGUGCCAUGGAUCCGUGUGUGGCGACGUGGAAAUUAUCUGCUGCCGGUGUGCUGCUGCUGCUCUCUCUGCUCCACGUCGCUGCAGCUGUCAGCCUGAAGCAGCAUCUGGCCGACUGUCUGGAGGACAAAGACUACGACCAGCUGCUGCAGACGGUGCAGGACGGCCUUCCGCCCGUCAACAGAUCUCAUCAUGUGGUUGUUGUCGGAGCCGGCAUGGCUGGACUGACGGCCGCCAAGCUGCUGCAGGACGCAGGACACCAGGUGACCAUAGUGGAGGCCAGUGGGCGUGUUGGAGGACGAGUGGAAACCUACAGGAAUGAGAAAGAAGGCUGGUACGCUGAAAUGGGAGCAAUGAGGAUCCCGAGUUUUCACCACAUCGUCCGCUGGUUCGCCAAAGAGCUGGGGGUGAAGCUGAACAAAUUCAUCAUGGAAGACCUGAACACCUUCUACCUGGUCCAUGGGCUGCGGAGGAGGACGUACGCGGUGAAAGCCAACCCCGACAUCCUCCGGUACAACCUGCCGGAGAGCGAGAGGCGGCGGUCGGCCGACGAGCUGCUGCAGAAAGCUCUGCAGAAGGUGAACGAUUACGUUGAAGCUCACGGCUGCAGAGCUGCACUGAAGAAAUAUGACCACUAUUCUGUGAAGGACUACCUGAAAACAGAAGGUGGGCUGAGUGCGGAGGCGCUGAGGAUGAUCGGAGACUUGCUCAACGAGCAGAGCCUCAUGCAUCUCUGGUGGACCAACGUUUGCUCGAUUUAAUAACAUAAAUGUGUCUCCUGUUUUCAAAGGUACGAUGAAAUAACUGGUGGGUCAGAUCUCCUCCCCAAAGCUUUUCUCCCUGUGCUCGAUGUCCCCAUCCUCCUCAACUCCAAGGUCAAACGCAUCGACCAUUCCCACAAGGGCGUAACUGUGAGGUAUCAGGCAGAUCACCAGUCCCACUUGACGGACCUUCCUGCCGAUGCCGUCCUGGUAACGACCACAGCCAAAGCAGCCCUCUUCAUAGAGUUUAAUCCACCUCUGUCCACGAGAAAGAUGGAGGCUCUCAGGGCGGUCCACUAUGAAAGCUCCACUAAAAUCAUCCUCACCUUCAAGGAGAAGUUCUGGAGGGAAGACGGCAUCCGAGGAGGGAAGAGCAUCACCAACCGGCCUUCUCGUUUCAUCUACUACCCCAGCCACAGCUUCCUGACCAACAACACCAUCGGCGUCCUCCUGGCUUCCUACACCUGGUCUGACGACUCCCUCCUCUUCAGCGGUGCGAGCGAUGAAGACCUCAAAGAGCUAGCUCUGAGAGACCUGGUGCAGAUCCACGGCAAGAAGGUCAGGUCUCUGUGCACCGGGGUGGUGGUGAAGAGGUGGAGCACGGACCCCUACAGUCUGGGCGCCUUCGCUCUCUUCACGCCCUACCAACACUUAGAAUACGCCAAGGAGCUUUUCAGACAUGAAGGCAGGGUUCACUUUGCUGGAGAACACACAGCCUUCCCUCACGCUUGGAUCGAGACGUCCAUGAAAUCUGCAAUCAGGGCUGCAGCCAACAUCAACAAAGCUGCACAAAAGGAGUCGGCUCGAUGUGAACACCGAGACGAGCUCUAAGGUCCAGAGUCUGCAUUCUGUGGCUCCCUGGUUUGUUAUGAAAUGGUAGCUCAGACAUGUUGCACCUUUGUUUGGUUGUUGGACUGCUGCCCGAGCUUGAUAUCAGGUCCGAUCACAGGAAUGUUUAAUGUAUCACCACAAACCUAUGCUAAUUCCUCUGUUUGUUCCAGCUUCGUUUAACAUUUCAGAAAGCCUCGUAGCAGUCUUUGUCAUGCUCCUUUACUUACCAGCUAAACUCCCAACAAGGCCUGUUUCUACUGAU